AUGAUGGGGGAGUCGGACUCGAUUUUCGUACUUUGGUUCACCUUGACAGGUACUCAACUUCCUCAAAAAUUGUCUAAAAAUGAGAUCGGUCUUGACUUUUCAUUUUUUUUGGCCGCGUGAGGAAUGGCUCAACGCGUUGCGGUUCAAUUAAGAAUGGCUUUAAAAGUUGCGGUUGAACUUUUCUCUCUUUGUCUAAAAUCUUUGUCUAAAAAUGUUUUUGCCAUCUUUUAACUUUUUUUUUCUGACCGCAUGUGGAAUGGCUUAAUGCGUUGCGGUUGCGUUGCGGUUCAAUUAAGAUAAUAUAGACCCUAAUUUGAAAAAAAAAGUCUGAAAAAACCAUAUAAGCUCAAUAAAAAAAGCUAGAAGAAACACGAUCCUUUUUUAAACUUUAGGUUCAUUGAAUUUCCGCUCUCGUCUGAGAUUUAAUCCGACGCCCGUCAGCCCUGGACAAGCUGGGCGCCGUACCGUUCCUACAUGGAGAAGCAAUGAUCGUCGGAAACGCUCGAAAGUCGUCUACUACUAUAACAAGAAAGACGAGAUGCUCUACGCGCCGUCUACGUUUGAUCAACGACAGUUUCGCAAACCGACGAACAACUCUUCAAUUAUUCCAUGA